AUGCCUCUAGCUCAGCCGCACGGAGGCGCGCGUCCGCCAGGCGCCGCCGCCGCCGCCCAGAAGCCAAAGAACGGCUCCAACCACACCAAAGAGCCGCCAAAGCCCAACUCCAAGGCUGCUCGUAUUGCAGCGCAAAACAACCAACCGGACGACGACGACGACGAUGACGAAGAGACCACCACAGACGACAGCAGCGAUGAGGAGGCCGCCUUCGAGAUGGACGGUCAGGAGCUCUGGACACAGACCUUCUGCGCCACCUGCGACUGCCUCAUCGAGCCAGGCGAAGGCAUCGCAAAGGCAUCCUCAAAACCGGACACCUCGGCCUCUCCCGCCUUGCACUCCACCCUCAAAAGCCGUUCCGCCAAUUCCACCGCACGCGGCUCCAACGCCUCCGAACACGCCGCACAGGUUGCCGACUCCAACAAGCCAGCCAACGGCCCCAAGGACGCUCUCAAAAGGACCCAUUCCGCCGGUCGUCUGCAUGCCAAAGCCGGAGGCGCUCCCCUCGGCCCUCACAAGCGCACCGGCAGCGCAGGCAGCCGCCUGCAUGCCCUCAGCGAACUCCGUCCCACCACAAAACUGCACGACGACAAGGGCAAAGCCAAGAGCGCUUCUCGCGAUGCCUCCACAUCAAGCACCCGCAAGAGUCCCGCCACCUCUCGCCCAGGCUCGGCCGCCAGCAACCGCUCCCACUCCAACAGCAGCGGCCCUUCCUCCUUCAAGUCCAACGAGGCCAACGCAGGUGUCUCCCACGCAAACCCGCCAGACGCCCAGUCCCGCCCCAAAAAGCGCGGCUUCCUCGGCGGUCUCGGCCUCACCCCGGCCGCCCUCAAGCAGCAGGAGGCCGAGCUCGCCGCCAAGCGCAAGGCCCCCACCCCGCUCUACUGCUCCGAGCGAUGCAGACUCAUCGACGAGCGCCGCUCCUCCGGCCUCGGCGAGCUCGCAAAGUACCUCUCCCAGCCCCUCAUGCCUCCAUCCACCGCAGUAUGGGCUCCGCCUCCGCCUCCUUCCUGGACGCGCUCCGCCAGCGUCUCGUCCGCGCCUCUCGCCAUGGUCGCCAACACGCCAGAGAGCGAGUGUCUCUGCCCCGACUGCAUGGACAAGUACGCAGAUGCCAGCAGCGCCAGCGGAGCAGCAAUCCCCAGUGGCGCCAGCGACACCGCCACCGAAAGCUCCAGCGGCUACGUCUACGGUCGCGGCGCCGCUCAGAAGCCGCGCACCGCCAGCGGUCGUCUCAUCACCCCGCUCGGUUUGCACGCACCAGGCGCAGGCGCCGAGGGCUACUUUCCUCAAUUCGCGCCCAACUACGCUCCGGCCGCCGCAGCGCUCAACAGCCCCAGGAUGCGAGCCGUCGACGCUGUUCAGUCCGCCGAAGCAGCUAGGAUCGGCUCGGUGCUCCCGAGAACAUCCUCAGCCGCAAGCGCCGGUCGUGCCAGCGCCUCCGGCACCGAUGGCAGUGUCAUGAGCUCCGAGAGCGCCGGCAGUCUCUGGGAGCCACGCCUCAAACCGCGCUCCAACUCGGGCGUCAGGACCUCCAAUGCAGCCAAGGCCAUAGCGCAGGACGUCACUUCCAGCGGUACCGCCUCUGGCAUCUCCACCAACACCGCCACGCCCGCCAUCACACCGAGGCACUCGAUGAUGGUCGCCUCCUCCUCCUCCCUCGCCUCGCCCUCUUCCUUCAACACCGCUAGGGCCACCCACCGCCUCUCGGUUCCUGGCUUCGCACCAACACACGAAGUCGACGAGGACACGCUUCACUCCUCGGAGGCUGCGCAUCCGCACCGACCUUCGUCCAGUGCAAAGAGGUCGUCACUGCUCAUGGCAACUAGCCCGCUCAAGCUCUUGGACAAGCGCAGCGAACAUCACGCACCGCCCUCGGUCAAUGUCUUUAGCGACAGCGUCGGCAGCCCCGUCACCAGAGGCUCGCUGCUUUCUCGAAGCCUUGCCAGCGAACACACUCUCAUGGGCGCCAGCAGCAUCACCCUCACCAAUCAAUCCUCGGCGCCCAUGUCGGCUUCUCAAAGCGCUCGUGCGUUCGGCGACUUUGGUCACGCUCACCAGCAAGCGCCUGCGUCCGAGGCUUCCGACAGGUGGCCGCACGAGACGUCUCAGAGCUUCUCGGACUCCAAUGCUUUCCGCUCAAGCUCCCUCUCUGCAGAUGUGGACGACGAUCUGAGCCAUGCGGUCGGCAGUCUCAAGUUGGCACAGUCUCGCGCUUCGGGUCCAGCGCCGUCCGCCGGAGGCAGAGGAGCGGACUCGCGCAGACUCUCUCUGUUUGGCGUGGCGGGAGCGCCUGCCCGACGCAACUCGAACGCCGUCUCCAUCGCCAGUUCCGCCUCGGGCUCCACCUCCAGCGGCUGGCUCCGCUCUCUCUCCUCGGCUUGGCUCAACUGGCGCUCCACCGCCUCGCCCGCUCCCAUGCAAGCCGACUCGGACGUCUUCCACUCCACCGACGACAGCGAAGAGUGGCCCUCACGUGGAUCAGGUCAGGCAUCGCGACGCGAGAGCAACGCAUCGCGCAGCAGCAGCCAUCACAAGCUGCCUUAUGCUCAGAAGCGUGCCUCUUCUCUCCGCGACGUCAGCCUGGCCUCGUCUCUGGGCCAGACCAGCACGCUCCACCCGGCUCAAAUGUCGCGCAAGCCCUCGGAAGACCGUAGUGCCGGCAUCACUCCGACGCAGAGUCUCGUGGCUAAGCCCACCAUUCGACGCGGUCAUGUGCCAGCCUACGUUCGCGAGAUCGGCCAGGGUGGCAUCCCUGGCGACUCAUCCUCCGAUGCCAAGUCGGAUUCGACGGCGGCAGCCGACGAGCGAGCACAGCGUCCCAUGCGUCCCCGUGUCGACAGUCUCACUCAGAUUACUGAUGCCAAUGCGCAGAACGCGCAGAGGAAGGUCAAUAAGCGAAGGAGUCGCGACAUUUCGGUGCUGCCGCCGCUGCUCGCUCCCAUCAGUCGCUCGGGCAGCAGCACCAACCUCUACGCCCAGAUGCCCAGGAGUGCUCGCGCGUACUCGACCGGCCGUGCUUGGACCGCUGCCAACACUCCGCAGAUGUACGUAGGCAGCGCCGGCUCCUCGCAUCAGCAAGCGGCAGGCGCAGGCGCUCACAUGCAGCCGCCGGUCUCGCCGACGCUGAUGCGCAGCCCGUACAACAGCAGCUUCGCCUUGACCCAGGACGCGCAGCGUGCCGCCUUGUCGCCUUCUCGGCCCAACAGCGCGGCCGGAUACCAUUCGCUCCCCUACACCGCAGGCACUUCGCCGCGCGCAAAGGGUCUUGGCUGGGGAGCCAUGACCUCGAUUGCAUCGCCUCCGGCUUCCACAGACUCGGGCGCAUUCCCGCAUUCGACGGGCCAUCGCCAGAGCAUCAGCUACGGCCAUGCUGCCGCCCUCGCCAACCGACAGCUCGUCAGUCAGGCUCGAGGGCACCAUCUAAACCAUAAUGUCCAGCAUGCCCAUCACGCUCAUGCUCACGCCCACCACCAUCACGCCCACCAGCACCAGCACCACCAACAUCAUCACCAUCCUCAUCACCAUCCUCACCACGCUCAUCACGGACAUGCUGGUCAUAUCCAGCACAGCUCCUCGGUCUCCAACAUCUCGGAUGCGGUUGGCAGGGGCAAUGAACGUGCGGCUGUCGGUCAUCUCAUGACGCUCGGAGCUCCGCCCAACGGCAUCGGCCAACAGGGCGGCGGCGGCAUUUCGGGUCGCCAUGCGACCAUGCCAUCCGCGCUGCAGCGCACUCCGACGCCAAGUGUGCCCGAGGACGGCGGCGAAAUGUCUUCGCAGGCUCUCACCUCGGGCGACUUUAUCAGCCGACCCGACUCGGCGUUGGCGGGGCAGCAUGGGCGUCGCCACCACCGCACGUCGCUCAUGCCGCCGCCUCGAUCUCGCUCGUCAAUGGGGAUGCACACGCAGCGCAUCCAGCCGCUCACUUCGACCGACGCCGCUGCUCUGCCCGCCGUGGCGGAUACUGCUGACGUGGUGCAGCACCACGAGGAGCCGCCGCGCACGUGGAGCUACGACCAGCUGUCGGGUCUCAAGACCUAUCCGAUCCUGCAGCUGCCGGACCGCGAGACGCACGAUGUCUACGACGCCGCGUGGGGUCUCGAUGCGGGCGGCCUCGCCAAGCAUCUGGGCCAAGUCCCUGCCGACGUCCAGCACGGCGCCCGCCCGGCGCACAACGAGCGACGCACGUCGACAGACCAGGGCUCGGUGCAGAUGGGCUUCCAACCGCACCGCAAGAAGCUCUUCUACUUUGACGCCUAA